GAAUGGACCCAAACUAUUUUUUACUUAAAUUUUUCUUUAAUCACAAACUUUUGGAAGCCGACCCUAUUCAUCGCACCAAAUUUCCCAAGGCGGGUAGAAAUGGGUGCGCCAUGCGUGCGCAAUUCAUUGCGUGAAUGCGGCCCUGCCCCUUUUAUCGCAAAAUCAAAACAUCUCGGCCUCUUCGGGCCAGACGCCGUUGAUUAUUUUGUCACAACUGUUUACCUGCUCAACGCAGGUCGAAAAGUGCAUCCAAAGGAGCGGAAAAAAAGAUACCAUAGAAAUAGGCUGGUUCUAUUUGAAUUGUGGCGGAUAUGAAUGAAUUUGGCUACAAUCACACCCAUUCCGAAACGGCCGGUUCAAAGGGUCAAAAGAAAUGCGCCUUGGAGAAUAUGAAUGCUUCUUCCGACGAAGAGGAGGAAGGAUACGUUUCGCCCUACAAUUACUGCUCGAGUGAUGAAGACAAUGACCAGAGCAACCGACAGCUCCUGGACGAGCUUCCGGUGUUCUCUACGCAAUCCCUUUCCCCUUCCGGAAGGUCACUGUCUCCGAUAGACAUGGACACGUCUCCUCCACGCAGUUCUCGCGGUAACAGUUCAUGCAACACCCCCUACGACAGUCCCUAUGGCCAGACGGAACCCGCGUGUGGAAAAGACUACGUCACCCUGGAAGAGGUUCAAGCUCGGAUCGGAAUGACCCCGCCAUCUGCAGAACCGGUUGAGCAACCCGGUCGGUCGCCCCGGCUAAACCUGGAGACGAUUUUCGAGGACAAGUUUCUGGAAACGCCCCCAAAAGCGGGGAAAGAGUUCGAUGUGCGCACCAAUCAGAAUCAGCUACUUCGGAGAUCGUUCCGAAACCGGACGCAGAUGCUGGGGGCAAUGGGGGGCGAGGAGUGCGGAAGCGUUUCCCCGACCGAAAGUCUGAGCAAGCAAUUUUCCAACAAGGUGGUUCUGAAUUAGAUUUGGGUGAUACAUAUUAUGUAGGUUUCGUUUUAGAUAGCCCGAUUAUACCUCGAGUAGUUAGAUUCUAAGUGCCUUAUUUGUCCGGAAAUAAAUCGGCGGACGUUCGGUUCGCGCUCUCCAUGUACAGAAAUUUAUUGAGAGCUUUGAUAGCAAAGCUCGAAAUGUUUUUUGUAAUCAGUAUA